UCUCUUUUCCCACCUCCCCGCCCCGCGUAGACGAUGAGCAACAUGGAGCUCCUGGCUUUGGACUGCAGCCUUUUCGCGGACACCUACACGGAGGAGAGCCGCUACUGCUUUGGCGACCGGGAGCUUCGCAUCACACAAGUUUUCGGCGCCGAUCUCGGCGUAGCAGCUCCGGUGUGGGACGCGGCUGUUUGUCUCUGUCGAUAUUUUGAAGAGCAGAAGUUUGACUUUACGGGGAAGCGCAUCAUAGAACUGGGAGCCGGGACAGGAAUUGUGGGAAUCCUCGUUUCGUUGCUUGGUGGAGACGUGACCAUCACCGACCUCCCCCUGGCUCUACAGCAGAUCCAGUACAAUGUUGCUGCUAACGUGCCACCCAACUCUCUCUGUGUACCCCGCGUCCAGGCCUUGUCCUGGGGCCGCAACCACCUGGACUUUCCCUCGGACUGUGACUACGUCGUGGGGGCCGACAUUGUCUACCUGCACGACACCUACCCGCUUCUCCUGCAGACGCUGGCACACCUGUGCGGCCCCUGGACCGUCCUCUACCUCUCCUCCAAAAUGCGCCCAGAGCAUGGCACACUCGCCUUCUUUGAGGACAUGCUGCCACGUCUGUUCAACAUGCAGGUGGUGUACCGCAGUGACAGCCAAAACAUCAGCAUCUAUCGAGCAACUCGGAGGACUGACACGUGAGAGACGAUGACAGCAGAAAGAGGGUGAAGACUGAGAUGAACACAAAAGGAUAAGGGACAACGACAGUCCAUUCAUGGAGUGCCAGCGGUCAGGAGGCCGAAGUCACGUAAUUAAACGUGACAGUUUCUUCGUGCCACUGGAAUAUAAUCAAGGCAGGAUCUAACAUCGGGGGGCCCUGCUCGCAACGGGGUCUUCACAUACCCGAGAGAAGGUGGGAAAAACAAGUCUACUAACUGGAGAAGUGCACACGUUCACCAGCAGUGUGAGCACUCAGGGCAGCACACACACACACACACCGACCCCACUUCGGCCCUCACGGUUAUCAACCUGUGUAUCAGAAAUAAAAAUCUUUGGAAAGAAA